CCUCGUUUUCAACCUCGCUUAUCUGCAAAACCCUUUUUCCUUCCUUCUCCCACAGACUUCGCACAGAGUGUUUGAGAGCGAGAGUAGGGAGAAAAAAUGGCUGCUUCACUACAGGCGGCAGCUACUCUCAUGCAGCCCACCAAGGUGGGGAGGAUCAGCAGCUCGCAGCUGCGGUCGUCGCAGAACGUGUCCAAGACCUUCGGGCUGGAAUGCGGUGCCGGCUCCAGGGUGACCUGUUCUCUCCAGGCUGAUCUCAAGGACUUGGCCCAGAAGUGCGCUGACGCCACCAAGAUCGCCGGCUUCGCGCUCGCCACCUCGGCCCUCGUCGUCUCGGGAGCCGGUGCGGAGGGAGCCCCGAAGAGACUGACUUAUGACGAGAUCCAGAGCAAGACCUACAUGGAAGUCAAGGGGACAGGCACGGCCAACCAGUGCCCCACCAUUGACGGUGGGCUCGACUCGUUCGCCUUCAAGCCUGGCAAGUACAAUGCCAAGAAAAUCUGCCUCGAGCCAACCUCCUUCACCGUAAAGGCCGAGAGCGUGAGCAAGAACGCUCCCCCGGAGUUCCAGAACACCAAGCUCAUGACCCGCCUCACCUACACCCUCGACGAGAUCGAGGGCCCCUUUGAGGUCUCCCCUGAUGGCACUGUCAAAUUCGAGGAGAAGGAUGGGAUCGACUACGCGGCCGUCACUGUGCAGCUCCCUGGGGGUGAGCGCGUGCCCUUCCUCUUCACCAUCAAGCAGCUCGUGGCCUCAGGGAAGCCCGAGAGCUUCAGCGGGGAGUUCCUCGUGCCCUCAUACCGUGGCUCGUCAUUCCUCGACCCAAAGGGCCGUGGUGGUUCCACCGGGUACGACAAUGCUGUGGCCUUGCCUGCCGGAGGGAGAGGAGACGAGGAGGACUUGACCAAGGAGAACAUCAAGAACGCCUCGUCAUCGACCGGGAAGAUCACGCUGAGCGUGACCAAGACCAAGCCCGAGACCGGAGAGGUGAUCGGCGUGUUUGAGAGCGUCCAGCCAUCGGAUACUGAUUUGGGAGCUAAGGUGCCUAAGGAUGUGAAGAUCCAGGGUGUCUGGUAUGCUCAGCUCGAGUCGUAGAGGGGCUUUUAAUUGUUUAUCUUUUGAAUGAACGAAUUCGACGAAUGAAUGUGUCUAUUUCUGGGUUCAGAUUUUGCUAAGAAGUCGUAAGCUGCUGAGACUAUCAUCUUGUUUGUAUAUUAACCCUUUUUCAUUAAUAAUAUCAUUCUAAGUUUCAAGGUCAAA